GAAUAUUCAUUUCAAAAACGUAACAUUUGUCCAACACGUUUCAUUAAAUACCAGUAUACAUAGUUUUUUUUUUUUUUUAUCGCUACAGGUCAGAAGAACUACAUUUCCCAUCAGCAACCACGUUACGCAAUGCUUACACUACUUCCUAUAAGGAAAUGUCAAAAUAAGAGCAUUUUCAAAUGUUGUUUGUCAUCGCCGCUUUGAGAUCGAUAUAAACCCGAAACUCCGGCUUUUAUUUUGAAAUCGGGGUCAUUCCUCCGUGUUUCGUCGAUCCCUGGCGGAGCCACCGAUCGCCUGGGACCGGAGGAGUGUAUUCCUGUAUGAACGGUCAGCUUUAGGCAGGUAGCCUACAAGUCCGCCGCGAUGAGGCUCCGUUUGGCCGGAGCCGUGCUGCUGUCGGCGGCCGCCUACUACGUCUACCUGCCGUUACCGAGCGGCGUGAGCGAGCCGUGGAAGCUGAUGCUGCUGGACGCGCUGUUCCGGAGCUUCAUGCAGGCGAGUGACGUGGCUCACGCUCUGGGUGUGUGCCAUCGGGUCCACCUGUUGAACCGGGUGGUGUCAUGGGUGGAGGAGAUUGAGGCACACUCCUGCCCCGCUGUGCAUGUGACCGACUCCUCACUGGGUGGCGUGCCCACUCGAGUCUUCCAGCCAAAGGGGGGAAAGCAGCUGAAAAGGGGAGUCAUAUAUUUCCACGGUGGAGGAUGGGCGCUGGGCAGUGGACGGAUGAGAUCUUAUGACCUUCUUUGUCGGAAAAUGGCGAAGGACCUGGAUUCUGUCAUCAUGUCUGUCGAUUACCGUCUUGCUCCAGAGGCGGUGUUCCCAGAUCAGUACCAUGAUGCGUUGGCAGCAGCGCGGGCUUUCCUGUCAGUUCAGGUUUUAGAGCACUACAGCAUCAAUCCGGAAAGAGUGUGUGUAUCUGGGGACAGCGCCGGGGGAAACCUGGCUGCUGCUGUGGCACAGGAGCUCAGCUCAGAUGACAGUCUGACACCGAAGUUCAAGCUCCAGGCACUGAUCUACCCCGUGCUGCAGGCUCUCGACUUUUACACCCCAUCCUACCAGCAGAACCGGGCCGUGCCCAUCCUCUACAGGCCUGUCAUGGCUCGUUUCUGGCUGCAGUACCUGGGCGCUGACACCUCCCUGGAGCCCCUCCUGCUUGCUAACAACCACAGCUCCCUGGACCAGACGGCCAUCAGCGCCAGCAUCCGCUCCAAGCUGGACUGGACCGCUUUGCUCCCGGCUGAGCGCAGGAAGAACUUCACGCCGGUUGUGAAAGAGACGGGAUCGCCAGGGGUGAUGAGUGAGGUACCUGAGCUGGUGGACGUGAGGGCGGCACCACUGCUGGCAGAGCAGGGGGUUCUGAGAAGGACACCUAAAGCAUACGUGAUGACCUGUGAGUUUGACGUGCUAAGGGAUGAUGGGUUGAUGUAUGUCAGGCGCCUGCAGAACGCCGGCGUCACAGUGACCAGUGAUCACUAUGAGGAUGGCUUUCAUGGCUGCAUGGUGUUUGCAUUCCUGCCAAUGAUGUCUAGUGUUGGACAGAGGAGCAUGAACAACUACAUCCACUGGCUGGACCAGAAUCUGUAGACAAACAAACCGCUCCAGAUCCUCCUGAACCGGGAGAGAUUGUUUGCAGCGCCAAAGAUGUCCUGGAGCAAAAAGUCAGGUACUUGAGCUCCUUGUUGGAUCUGCAAAGAGGGGACAUGGCUUUGAUUAACACACAUGAUCCAUUUUUGAACUAAUGUAUCCUUCAGCAGCAACAUGUCCUGAGCAAAACACCAGACAAGAAGUCAGAUGCAUAAUCUGCACAAUCUUUCAAAUUUAAAAACAUGGAAACAGAACCAACAAAUUGAAUUCAAGGCUUGUGAUAACCUGCUUUUUACCAACGUGUUCGAGUAGACAAGCGACUGCAAUGCAUUCACAUACUCACCUGUGUACCUGUCCAACUGUGGGAUACAAAUUUAUAUCCACUAGUGGGCAAAUCAGGGCCAAAUCAUCUGUAGCCGACACCAGAAAAUCCUCCUUGAGAACUUGUGCCACAAUGUCCAUACAAACACAUUUUUAAAGCAGAUUUAUGAGCUCAGUGUAGCUGAACAUCACUGAGUCAAAUGGAUCACAAGGCAUCUUCACUAAAUCCUGAAACCAAAAUAUUUCCAAUCAGAAGUAACCAAAGAAACUGACGCUUAAGACCAUAAUAUCAAUGCAACCUUUUGGACAGUGAUAGUAUACUUAAGGCUCAUUAUUUUCAAGAAAAAAAACACAAUCUAGGAUCUAUGUCUUUGACUGCAGGAUAAAACCAUAUUAAAACACUAGACAAACAUAUAAAACAACAUACAAGUAUCACUCAUUUAUAAUCCAUGGUGUUCUCCAGCAAUAGUAUUGCUAAUCGUAUCAGUGAUUAAAUAUUUGUGGGAAAAAAACACGCUAAAGGUUCAUUAUCCCUUAAUUAAGAUUGUAAAGAGGGUUCAAUACCAAAUAAAUAAUUGUGCAAAAUGUUUCACAAGUAUGCUAGAGUGCCACUUGUUUCAAAAUUAUUUAAACAUUUUAAAAUCGUGUAUCACAGAUUACCCUCAAAUCAUAAAACGAACACCUACAUUUUUCUAAAUUAGAAAAUAAUAUUAGAAAUCUGAUUUUUUUUCAGUGGCCAUUGUAUAAUAUAAUGGUAUUCAUUUGGAAUAUAAUUAACAGGUAAAAUUUAUAUUUCAAGCAACAUUAUGCAGUUUUUUUAAACCUUAAAAUAAAAGCUUCAAAAUCAUGUUGACGGGACACUCCCACUGAAUGCCUAUUCUUGCAAUAUGUAAAUUUGGUGACCAAGAUUUAGAACUUAACACUUUACAGCGUGUUUACAGUGUUUCCCAUUCAUUGAUUCAUUUUUUGUAGCCACCGAAAAAGCAACAUUGACUGCCACAUGAUGGGUUUCCUUUUUUUUACUUUUUAAAAUGGGUAAAUUCUUAUUUCUGCUCUUGGUUUCUUUUGAGAGAGGAGGCAAAAAUCAGCUAGGUAGCCGCCACCCCACGAGUUGUUCCCAUAUCAAUAACAGUACUAGAAAUGCCUCUGAUACAGUUUAAAAUGCUAGAUCAGAUAUCAGCAAGUCCAGGACUCUAUGCACUGAUCUGAUACCAUGGAAUUUAUUUAUAAACUUAAAAGUAGUUUCCUGGAAACCAAUUCUUCUUCGCCACUUUUAAACAGUAGCCGACACAGCAAGUUGUGUUGCACAGCCACUGCCAACAGCUUUCUUUUUUUUUAUGUGUUUGUUUGUAUAUCCCUUUGUAUCAUUCUCUGUCCCCUCUCAAAAUUUGGAGGUUUUUGUUGGUUUAUGAACGCAGCACAAGCGGAACUUAGUUAUUUUUUAUCUCAGCAGCAGUUUGUGGAGUUUUCAGUUGCGGGGUGGAUAAUUGAUAAGUCAAUCUGAUCAGUGCUGAUCAAAUCAAAUCGACUGAUGAGAACCUCUAGACCCAGCGCAAUGAAUGGUUAAGUUUCACCUUCACUGCACCUGGCAUUCUGCUGCUCCCUCUGUGCCCAGAGUAGCGCUCAGAGCACUCCUAAUGAACGGGCCGGCUAAAAAAUAAAAAAUCAAUACAUAGUGUUAGAUGUUAUCGUGAUGUGCUGCUACAAAUAAAUGAAUGUGUGGAAAACCCUGCAAGUUUAGGUAUCAGAACAUCUCCAGUAGCAACUCGAAUUCAGCCAGCGCAAACCACAGCCCUGGAGGUCACAGCAGGCUGGUGGUCAGCAGCAACACUGUGUCUAACUUGUAUAACAGCAGGAACAGAGAGUUUGCUAAGUUUGCUAAUCUUGCGAGGAGUCAGGGCUGUCCGGGAUCAGAAGCGCUGUGUUAGCGCUAGCUGAAUUCAGGUUGCUACUGAGGGUCCAUGUUUACAACAGUGGUGCAGAUUCUGAAACUGUCAGGCUGCCAAAUCCCAAAAAUACCUAAUUAUGCAUUAUGUUGCACUAAAACAUCAAUAAUACAAAAGCGCAAGGUUAAAAUUUGAUUUCAGGAUUACCAGUCGCAGCUCAACACCAUGUUGUCUAUCCAGGUAAUGUUAAUUCAUUACUAGAGAUAAUUCCCGGCUCAUU